AUGGCGGAAACAAAGAAGGUGGAAGUAGUCAUUUCGGGUGUAGCCGGAGUGUUCCCCGAAAGUGACAAUGUGGAAGAAUUGAAAGAUCUGCUUUUCAAUAAGCAGAACGGGAUUACGUUAGAUUCGAGACGUUGGCCAUUGGACGAGUAUGGUGUAACGUCUGGAGUAGGCAAAGUUAAGUCUAUUGAUCGAUUUGACAACGUUUUCUUCAACAUGCACGGAAAACUUUGUGAGAGUUCAGAGACCGUGAUUAAGUUAAAUUUGGAGAGAUCUGUGGAAGCUAUUAUCGAUGCAGGUAUUAAUCCAGGAGAUUUAUACGAUACUAACACUGCAGUAUUCACAUGUUCUUCGGGUAGUGAAACCGAUACAAUAGCGAUGUUUGACGAAUCGAAAUUAGGAUUUGCCAUAGUUGGUCACAACAAGGCGAUGCAGGCCAAUAGACUUUCAUACGUUUUAAAUUUGAACGGACCUAGUUUCACGAUAUUUUCGUCGUUCACUGGUGGUGUGGAUGCAAUAGUGAUGGCUAAGCACAUGAUUGAAAAAGGCCACAUCAGAACUGCGAUAAUUGGAGGUUGCAAUCUAGUGCAAAGACCAAAUUUAUCACUUCAGUUAAAAGGUUUAGGUGUACUAAACGACGGGAUAGAGACUCGGUCGUUUAGCGAAGAUGCAAAUGGAUUCAACAGGUCUGAAUCGUGCGUGGCCAUAUUACUACAAAAUUCGUUGGACGCAAAACGGUCAUAUGGCACGAUAAUGAGUGCAAAAAUGGAACAGUACGGAGAUCUCAGAGGAGUAUUUACUAAUUACUCUACUGAACGUUACAAACAAAUAGUAAUGGAGGCAUACGCAGAAGCUGGAGUAGAUCCCGCUAACGUAGCAUAUAUCGAAGCUGACGGAUGUGGAAUCAAGAAUGUAGAUGCAAUGGAGUUAGACAUAAUAAAAGAUGUAUUUUGUCCUCCCCGUCGAAAAGAACCCUUGAAGAUCGGUUCGGUGAAAAGCAAUUUAGGACACACCGAUGCUUCAGCUGGUCUUGUAUCGAUAGUGAAAUCAAUCAUCGCAAUGGACACCGGUUUUAUACCUCCCAAUAUAAAUUAUACCACGCCAAAUACUGAAUCAGAUGCUCUUACAUCUGGAAAAGUGCAGAUUGUCACAGAAAAGACCCCUUUAAAUGGUGAUAUCAUAGGAUUAAAUAUUUUCGGUAGAACAGGGAAUUAUGGUCAUAUUAUAAUGAAAAAGUAUAACAAACAAAAGAAGAGAAUAUAUGCAAAAGACGAAAUGUUCGAUGACGAUUUACCGAGGUUAAUUCUUGUUUCUGGACGUAGUGAUGCUGGGGUCAGGAAAACAAUAAACACUAUCGAAAGAUAUAAUGUUGAUGAAGAAUACACAUCGCUGCUGCAUAAAGUGUACUCCAAAAACAUUAGUGCGCAUUUCAAUCGAAGUUUCUUCAUCAUUCCCACACCGGGCCCGCGGAGAGAAAAAGACGUUUACUCAAUCACGAAUGAAAAACCUCCAGUGUGGUUCGUGUUCUCCGGUAUGGGAUCACAAUGGUUUGGUAUGGGUGCGCAGCUAUUACGAAUACCAAUUUUCGCCAAAGCGAUCGAAAAGUGUGACAGGAUUCUGCGGCCGUUAGGCAUCGAUAUAGUGAAUAUUUUGACUAGCCUGGAUCCGACGUUGUUUGACAAUAUCAUGAACUCGUUCGUCGGUAUAUCAGCGAUUCAGAUCGGUCUGGUGGACAUCCUUAGGGCGUUGGACAUCGAACCGGAUGGUAUUAUCGGACAUUCCCUCGGUGAGUUGGGCUGCGCUUACGCCGACGGUUGUUUCACAGCUGAAGAGACGAUAAUGGCUGCGUACGCCCGGGGUCGGGCCUCUGUGGACACAAAACUUCCAAAGGGCAUGAUGGCAGCUGUAGGUCUUGGUUAUAAGGACAUCAAGGACCGAUUACCACAUGACAUAGACGUAGCGUGCCACAACUCGUCGGAGAGUUGCACGAUAUCCGGGCCCACUGCAAGCAUCGCGGAGUUCGUUGAGAAGCUCAAGUCGGAAAAUGUUUUCGCUAGGAUGGUCAACGCUUCGAACAUAUCGUUCCACAGCCGGUAUAUACAGCCAGCGGCUCCAGCUCUACUUAGUUACCUGACUAAAAACAUACCGAAUCCAAAACAGAGAUCGUCUCGAUGGCUCAGUACCUCUAUACCAGAGUCAGAAUGGAAUACAGAUUUGGCUCGUUACUGUUCGGCAGAAUAUCAUACCAACAACCUACUGAGUCCCGUUCUGUUCGAGGAAACGUGUGUGCACAUACCGAGCAAUGCCGUCGUCAUUGAGAUCGCACCACAUGGUCUUCUCCAGGCCAUACUCAAAAGAUCAUUGAGCAAAUUGGUCCACAUCCCGUUGACACAAAAAGUAUUUGGAGAUUCCGUGAGAUAUUUGUUGAUGGCUAUCGGAAAGUUGUAUUGCAGUGGAUUGAAUCCAAAUAUUGAAAUGUUGUACAACCCUGUUAGCUAUCCCGUGGCUAGUGGUACUCCACCAUUGCAUACGUUGUGUUCAUGGAAUCACGAAGAAGUAUGGUCAACCAUCGACGUGACAAUACUGAUAAAAAAGAAUAAAGGUGAAAGGCUUAUUUCACUGUCGCCUUCUACAAACAGUUCAAUCGAAGAAUAUGAAAUACACGGCCGUCACGUUCUUCCACUCUCGGCACUAUUGUUUUACACGUGGGAAUCGUUCAAUCAAUUACGUGAAGCACCCGACAUGAACUUACCCGUUGUCUUUCAAGAUGUUCAUUAUCAUAAACACGUCGUGAUAAACAAAAUCCAAUCCGGUGAUUUGUGUACGGCAAUACAGAGUGGAACAGGGCGCUUUGAGCUGUGCUUAAACAAUACAAUUGUGUUGUCUGGAUACAUAUUUGUAUUCGACCAACCGAAGUCGAACAAAAAUACAAAAGCAGUGAACGGGGAAAGCGUCGGAAGCAGUGGCGGAAAAUCUAUUGUAUCGUUGAGUCACGACGACGUCUACUCAACCCUAGAACAGUUCGGCUACAAUGUCGGCGACGUUUUCAAAACGAUUCGGCACGCGGACAUCUACGAAGACAGAUUGGAAGCAGAUGUAUCGUGGGAUAACAAUUGGAUUCACUAUUUGGACGCUAUGCUGCAGCUGGCGACAGUCCAUCACGUGGAGAAACGUGGAGAGCUCGUGGUCCCGAUUUCGUUCCAAGAGAUAUGUAUAGACCCAUCCACGUUGUUGGAAAGUUCAGCACCGAUAGAUUUGGCCGCCCAGUACAAUGUAUUUACCAACAAAGUGACUUGCGAAGGCAUAAAGAUUUCUCUACCCUGUUUCGAAGUAUUGCCGUUGGAUCCGUUGGUAAAGACCACAUUCCAGCUUAGAGAACAGAGUUUGGUCGAUCUGUCCAAUCCUAGUAUCAAAAAUCCCAUAGAUUUUAUUGACACGUGUAUGGACAUAGUUCUUGAAUUCAGACAGAGUGACGAUUUUGAAAAUGUUUUCAUGUAUCCCGUGUACGACAGUCAGGACGCCGAGAUGGAAAAUUACUCCGAUCACAUUUUAAAAACCAAAGGUUUCGAUGUGAUGAUGAUAAAAGACGAUUUUAAGUCGGGGCAACUAAACAGGGGAUCAGACAAUUCGCAAUACGUUGCAUUGACAAGACACACAAGAUUAUCGCAAGCUAUGUUAUUGAUGAAAAAUAGAAGUCGUGUUCACUUGAUCGUAUUUUCAAAAUGUCCUUUAUCCGACAAUGGUGAUUAUACAGUAGUGCUGCAACAGAAAUUCGGUGAUAACAAUUUGGCUCUAAUUAAAAAGGUUUCAAAAGUCGAUAGUGAUGCUAUAAUACAAAGAUUGACUUCAGAAAAUAUAAACUGCAGCGACCAAUUUCAAGAUUUAUUAACUAAUUCGAAAUCAUUAAAUAAAACCAUUUAUUUAGUGUCGAAGAUUCAACCGGUAGAUGGAAUAAUAUCAUUGGUGAAAAAAAUGAAUAGAAUAAAAAAUAUUCGGUUUUUCUUCUUGCUGGAUAAUGCUGUUCCUGGAUUUAGUACCAGUAAUCCAUUUUAUUCAAAACAAAUAGCCAAAGACUUAUUAGUUAACGUCUAUCAAAAUGGACGAUGGGUUACGUAUAAGGAAAUCAAAUUCAUAAAUGUUAUAAAUACCCAAACAUCGAUGAAAAAGACACUUCUCGCUAACUUAUCUAAUACAUCGUUGAAAAACGUUUCUGUAAAGUAUAUCGGUCUGAAUCCUCAAGACACAAUUGUAGAUACGAGAUACAACAAUGUAGAGUACGACGAGCUAGGACCUAUUGAGUACUCCGGUCUGGCGUCUGACGGGUCUUUGAUGAUGGGAGUUGCGCCAUUUAUACCGACAGUUUCUGAUAUCACUGCUGAUCCUAUUCUAUCUUGGGUAGUCCCUAAAAACAUGUCCCUUGAAGAAGCGUCGACCAUUCCGGUGCCAUAUUCAAUGGCGUAUUACAUGUUGAUCGUAAUUAGUGGGAUAACCGAAGAAAAUUCAGUGCUAGUACAUUCUGGAUUAACUGCUGUAGGCCGGGCUGCCAUAGACAUAUGUCUGGAAAAAAAAUGUAAAAUUUAUGUCACCGUAUCCGAUUCUAAACAAAUGGAACUGUUAAAACAGAGAUUCCCAUUGCUUCCACAUUCAAACGUAAUAAUUUACGAAAAAGAGAAUUUCGAAAUUAAAUUCCUCAUGGCGAACCAUAAGAUGGACGUAAUUAUAAACUGUCUAGAAGGAGACGAUUUUUACGCUACUUUUCGAGUAAUUGCAGAUCAUGGAAAGUUUUUCCAACUGACCAAAAGCGACAUGAAAAAGAAAUAUAAAAUGGGUAUGUUAAAAUUUCUUAAAUGUAUAUCGUUCUUCUCUAUCGGCAUGGACAGAAUAAUGGCAGAAUGCGAAGAAACAAAACAGAUCAUUCAAAAAUUGAUUCAACAAGGCUUACAUAACGGUACGAUCAAACCCUUUGAUCGACAUGUACUGACUGGAGCGUGCACGGGAACUCAAGCUCUGGAGACCCUUGAGAACUUGACUCGAGAAAACGAAUUUAAACGUGUCGUGAUAUCCACAUCGAAAGCCAUCAACGCAGGAAACGCAACACGCCAAUUCCAAUGUUGCCCAGAUAAAGUGUACUUCGUUAUCGGAAACUCAUGUGACGAUUGGUUGUGUCUGGUGGAAUGGUUGGCGCAAAGAGGUGCGUUGAAAGUAGUCGUGGGCUUGGAAACAUAUUCACUGACACCGACAGUGUCAAGGAAGUUCAACAUCUUCCUUGAUCGUUAUAAGGGAAUCACCGUGCAGUUAGUGUCACAGUCAUUAUUAGACACAGAACAAUCGGCUUACGAUUUAUUGAAAAGUUCGACAGCAACGUAUCCAUUGGCUGCGAUAUUCUUCGUGAGCGGUGUGGAAGAAAAAAUGAUCGAAAACAUGCACUUCGCGAUGGGUCAAAUCGUCACAAAACAGAAUCAAAAAACGCUGUUCACAUGCUUAUUCUGCGGUGGGGCAAAAACGUGCGAUCAAUUAAAGUCAACUGGCGUCAACGCUCUGUGCUUGUCGUGGGGCCAGAAUGGUGACAAACCUAAGCUCAGCAAAAUCAUACCCAUACUGGAGAAUUUAAUUCUGAAAUCUGACGCUCUCACGAAUGCCGUAGUCGUGUGCUCGGAACACGAGGCUGACAAAUGGACACAUUCUAAAGUGCUGCGGUACGACCAUAACAACAUGUUCUUACCGAGCACCAUCGGCGAGCUGGAACAUAACUCAAAGUACAUCGUUGUUGGUAAUCCAGACUUCGUGGAAGUGGCUACCAAGAGCGUGUUGUACGCUGACGCCAAAGGAGCGUAUCCCGUAUUCGUUAUGCCAGGAUUCCAACCCAACUGCAUGACAAACCUGUACAACAACCUGGGCUACCCGACGUUCGAGGCCCGAUAUCCGUCCAAAUUCGAAUCAGUCAAUAGCGUAGCCAGCGCCCUCGUAAAAAAACUAAGACAAAUAACCGAACACCGAGCAGUCACUCUGAUCGGAGAGUCUUGGGGCGGUGCAGUUGCUCUAGUAAUGGCUCAAAUAUUGGAAACUGAAGGUAUUUUGGUAUCACUGUCGCUGUUGAACGGAGUACCAAGCACCCUUCUCAGUUGGACCAAAAAAAAUCUCCUUCUUGACGACAGCAUAAACGCGUCGUUGCUUUCGAGAUACCUGUCGAUCGACUGUGAGAUGGCCAAAAAAUUUUCAUCUCAACACGAAUGGGACACGAACAUUAUCCAGCUACUUCGGUCAAACAAUAUCACGGCUACUCGUGACGUGAGUAGCUCGUUAAGCAUGGUGCAAACACAACUCAACACACUGAUUAAACUGGAACCACUAUCCAAUAAGCUAUUAUCGAUACCCCAAGUAUUCGUAUCCAACGAGCUGUCCGACACGUCUAUGGACUCCUUAAACAAAUUUUGCAUCAAUCAGCCUGUUAUUCACAUUGUUGCCGAAUCAAAUUGUAGGAAUAUGUUGAAAGAUGCAAAUAUUAUUAAAACGAUCAAUGAAAACGUAGCGUUUGAUUACCCCCACAGCUCGAAGUUGUCUUUGGACGACAAAUACAGUCAGCACUAUUAUAAUACCGAAGUUCCAUUAGUGUGUUAA